AUGUGGUGGACCCUCACUGCUGCCAGAUUGUCUCUAGGAAGUGAAUACCUUGGUCUGAGGAGGCCACUCUUGGGUAAGCAGGGAAAGGGGGCCCAGACAGUGCCAGUAUUCAAGACCUGUGGUACCCCAUCUCCAACCAUCCUGCUCACACUUCUACUUGCUGCUGCCAAUAAGAGUCAUCAUGCCUCACUCUCCAAAGUGUCUACACCAGACUUUCAGGCCCAAAGUGAGAUACAGGGCCUGGCAGUAGUACACGUGUUCACAGCUGAAGCCAGUGAGGAGACUUCCUCUAUUUCCAGUUGCUCUUUCAACUUCUCUUACCCCUCCACCUCCGCCUCCCCACCUUCCUCGCCUGUGAUCCCAGUCUCCCUAGAGGAGGAGGAAGAAGAGGAACCUGCUGCAACACUCAGUCCUCCCUAGAGUCCUCAGAGCUGCUCCUUCUCUGCAUCAUGGAGCACAUCAGAAGGAGUCUCCAACAGCCAAGAAGAAGAGGAUACAAGUUCCCCACAGACAUCAACAGACACCGAAUCUUUGCCCAGAGACCCACUAGAUGAGAAGGUGGCUGAUUUGGUGCAUUUCAUGGUCCUCGAGUAUUGCUUGAAGGAGCCAAUCACAAAGGCAGAAAUGCUGAAGGUUGUCAUCAAAAGGUACAAGAAACAACUCCCUAUGAUCUUCAAGAAAGUGUCUAAGUGUUUGGAGGUGAUCUCUGGCAUUGAUGUGAAGGAAGUGGACCCCACCACCCACUCCUAUGUCCUUGUCAACUCCCUGGACCUCACCCAUGAUGAGAUGCUUAGCGACAACCAGAGCAUGCCUAAAAAUGGUCUCCUGAUAAUCAUCCUGGGUGUGAUCUUCAUAGAGGGCAAUUGUGCCCCUGAAGAAGACAUCUGGGAUUUCCUGAAUAUGAUGGGAGUGUAUGCUGGGAGGGAUCAUUUCAUUUAUGGGGAGCCCAGGAAGCUCAUCACCAGAGAUUGGGUGCAGGAGAAUUAUCUGGAGUACCGGCAGGUGCCUAACAGUGAUCCUCCACACUAUGAAUUUCUGUGGGGCCCCAGGGCUCAUGCUAAAACCAGCAAGAUGAAAGAAGUUCUGGAAUUUUUGGCCAAGGUUAAAGGGACUGACACUACUUCCUUCUCAUGCUGGUAUGAGGAGGCUUUAAGAGAUGAGGAAGGGAGGGCCCAGGCCAGAAAUGGCUCCAUGGAUAAUACUACUGCCAUGUUCCUUGCAUGA